CAAACAAAGUUUUACUUAUUUUCUUCUCAUUUGAUUUACGCAGUGAAUCGGUCCCAUUCCUUUGAAAGAGGAAGUUUACACUAUGUCUAUUUCUUCUGUGUGUAUGUAUAUUUACGCCUGCAGUUUACGUUCUGUAUAUUUCACACGCACAGUGUGAAUGAUCGGCAGUUUGGGAUUUUCAGAAACUCCAGGCUGGCUGUCACGAAAUGAAGGUUCGCAUGUGCUGCGCUGGACUGCGGAAUCUUCUCCAAGGGCUGACCUUCAGUGCCAAGUACUACUCAAAGCAUAACCCUCCUCAAAGAGUGUGUCCUUACAGUAAAAUUGGACCAAAAAACUGCCACAUCCUGGGCUGUUCAAAAAGUAUAUGUACCCACAGGUCCGCACCACCUGGAAGCAUUCUGCCAUGCAGAUUCUUUUCCUGCAAGGAAGGAACAAAAGUCCCUUCCAAAACGAAGCAAAAUACAUCCAUAGUAACUUCAGACCUUUUGCACAAGAACCUUCUGAAAUCAGAGCAAAAAAACUGGAAUAACAUUUCACCAACAUACAAAGCUAUGACAAAAAGAAUCAAAGAAAAACUGGAAGAAUUACACAACAUGUAUACACUCAAUUCAAGAAGCCCAAGGAUGAGGUUUGGAGAGAAUGUGUACUUCCAAGAGAAUGGCUGCAUAUUUCUUGCAAAGGCAGAUGAUGGUGAAGGAAAUGCUAAGAUUUUAUUCAGUGUUGAAGAUCUUGGCUUUUCUGAUGCCUUUAUUCAACGCAUCAGAAUUUCACCAGAUCAGAGAUACAUGGCCAUCAGCUUAAAAAGUGAAAAUUCUGAAGAGGCAACCUGCAUUGUUAUGAAACUUGGUAAUCUUCCUGUUGUGGAAAAAGUAAUUCCAAGUGCAUUUAGCUUUGAAUGGGCUGCAAAUGAUGUUCUGUAUUACACAACUCAGAAGAACCUUAAAUGCCAGAAUGUAUUCAUGACUACUUUCACUUACCAGAAACAUACUAAGUUAGUUUAUACAGAACAAGAUGCAAGAUUCUUUGUAGACCUUUAUUGCACAAAAGACAGGCGUUUUCUAACUAUCAACAGCAACAGCAAGACAACCUCAGAAGUUUGGCUGGUUGACUGCAGACAUCCCUUUGAGUCACCUGCUCUUGUACAAGCACGAACCACGGGGGUCAUUUACCACAUCGAGCACAGAAAGGACCAGUUGUACAUUCUUACUACAUAUGGAGAACCUGCAGAAUAUAAGUUGAUGAAGGCACCAAUAGGUUCCAGUGGCAAGGAGAACUGGCAGUUAGUUUACGCACUGGAAAAGAAAACCAAGCUAGUAGACUUUGAGAUGUUCAGUGAUGACUGUAUUAUGUUCCUGAAGAAUGCUGCUCAUCUUUACUUAAAUGUGAUUUCUUUUGUUUCAUACUCAGUUCAGUCAAUAAAGCUACCUACGUGGGCCUGUGAAUUUGAAUUGGAAUCUCAUCCUGAACAUACCACCAGCACCUGCUAUUUUCAGCUCUCCUCCCCAGUACACCCCCCUAAGUGUUUUGCAUAUUCAUUUAAAGAAAAUAAUCUCAUUGAACAAGCUGUGCAAGAGGUACCAAUUAUUACAAAUUGUCACACUACACGUUUACUAGCUAAAAGCAAGGAUGAAACUUUGGUGCCAAUUACAGUUUUUCAUAAUAAGAAUUCUAAAGAACUACACAGGAGACCACUUCUAGUUCAUGUAUAUGGAGCUUAUGGCAUAGAUUUGAACAUGAGCUUUAAAGAAGAGAAGCUGAUGUUAAUUGAAGAGGGUUGGAUAUUAGCAUAUUGCCAUGUUAGGGGUGGAGGAGAGCAGGGCCUUAGCUGGCACAGAGAUGGAUGUCAGCAGAAUAAACUCAAAGGUCUCCAUGACCUCAGGGCUUGCAUCAUUCUGCUGCACCAACUGGGAUUUUCUCAGCCCAAACGCACAGCACUGGCAGCUGCCAGUGCUGGGGGAGUUCUCGCAGGAGCCCUGUGCAACACUGAUCCAGCACUGAUCAGAGCCAUGGUUUUACAGGCUCCUUUCGUGGAUGUUCUAAAUACAAUGAUGAAAACUCAUCUCCCACUGACAAUUGAGGAACAAGAAGAAUGGGGAAAUCCAUUAGAAGAUGAAAAAUGUAUGAAGUAUAUCAAAAGCUAUUGCCCAUACCAGAACAUUAAGCCACAGUGCUAUCCAUCAGUUUUUAUCACGGCGUAUGAAAAUGAUGAACGGGUAGCGCUACCAGGAAUUUUACAGUAUGUUCAGAAACUCAGGAAGGCUGCACUAGAUCAUGCCAACAGAACAAGUAAGAAAGGAAAUUGGAUUCCUAAUAUCAUCCUAGAUGUCCAGGCAAAUGGCAGUCAUUGUGAUUCAUCCUGGGAGCACUCACUGAAUGAGGUUGCAAGACACCUUGCUUUUCUGAACAGAGAACUUGAGGAAGUGUGCCAUCCCCAACAUCACAGCAAAUCUGCAAAUAACUCCUAAACACACCGACCACCUGAAAAACUUUGGAUUUGUAUGGAAAGCAAACACCUUCUCCAGAGGAUCUCUCCUCUUGGAUCCCUGCUUUACAGGCACAAGCACACAAAGCUGGGUGUGGCAUUGCCUUACAAAAAUACAGACCAAGAACUGGAUUUCUGCCCUGCCAGGCUGUGCAGAAGCAGCUGCCAGCAGAAAAGAGUUUGUCCAGCAGCUCUGUUCACGUGAGCCAGCAGAGCAGUGCUAGCGAGCAGAGCUGGAGCACUUAGAGCUCACAGGGCAGCCACAGGCACUUGGCACAGGCAGCCUUCCUGUCCAAGGCAUCUCUUGCAAGGCCAUAUCUUACACAGCACAGCAGAACUCCUCUGAAGCAUCUGACAUUCAAGUCUCACUACUUCCAGAACAAAUUGCCAUAUGUAGGUGGUGAUUGCUGCCCUCUCUAUCUGCACAGCAGCCAUGGUGUACUGAUCAUGUGGUGGGAUUGACCAAACUGCAAGGAAAAGCACCCUCAUUAAUGGAGUUUUAGCAGAACUCUGAUCUGAAUACAUUAAAAAUCUUGCAGUUA